AAGAAUUGGACGCCAAGCCAGCUAUUCUAUAAGCUUGCUACCAGUUCCUGUACCUGAUAGGAUCGCUAGGCUUGAUAUCUGGCGACAACCCUUGCAGAUUCUUGGGCCGUUUCUUCGCUCCGCUCCUGCUCCACGUCACGUAUCAGCACAUACCACUGCAAAAUACUCGACUGCGAUAGCUGGGGGCGAGCGAGAAGUUUCUAGCCCGGAAUGAGCGUCAAAAGCGCUGCUAUGAGGGACGCUGCCGACAGUGAAGAGUUUGAGGACAUGAGCGAGGACUAUGAGGAGGCCUCGGAUGCGAGCUACGAGUACGAGGAAGGCUCGGACGACGAUGCCUGCCACAUGGACGCCGCGCACGGCGACGCGGGGCCUUCUUCGUCUGCCGGGCCAGGCUGGAGCGUGCUUAACCAAGAUGCAAUUGUCAAGCUACAGGCGGAGGCCGUUGCCGACGUCGUUGCCAUCCUAGGCGUGAAGUCCUCGGUGGCCAAGACUGUGCUUAUGUAUUUCCGUUGGGACAAGGAGGCGCUCAUGAGCAAAGUGGCUGAGCGCGAUCCGGAGUCGGUCCUGAAGCAAGCAGGCGUGGCAAUCACGGACGCGGGGUCAGCGGGGCCAAAUGGGCAACAAGGUGGCCCCAUUAUGUGCCGGGUGUGCUUCACUGACACGGAGCAGGCGGAAACAACGAGCAUGGACUGCGGUCACGCCUUUUGCAACGACUGCUGGCGGCAACACUUCAAGACCCAGAUCGGGGAGGGGCAAGCGCGCACGAUACGGUGCAUGGCGCCCAAGUGCGGUGUGGUGUGUGACGAGGAGAAGGUGUGCUCGCUGCUCAAGUCAGACCCGGCAGCGAGCAGCUCUACAGCGGCCGGCAGCGGCAGCGCGGGGCCAAGUGGCAGCGCAGGCGCAAGCGGGAGCGCUGGCACAAGCGGGAGCGGCCGCGAGCCCAACGAGGCCCUGGACAAGUACAAGCACAGCAUGGCCCUGUCGUACGUGGAGGACAACGCGAGGGUGAACUUCUGCCCCAGCGUGCCCUGGUGCGGGCACGCGGUGCAGGUGGACGGCGACCCGUUUGUGGAGCCUGAGUGCAGCUGCGGCAAGGUGUUCUGCUUCAAGUGCCUCAAGGACCCGCACACGCCGUGCACCUGCAAAAUGUGGGACGAGUGGGACGAGAAGAUCCACGGCGACAGCGAGACGCGCAAUUGGUUCAUGGCCAACACCAAGCCCUGCCCCAAGUGCUCCAAGCCGGUCGAGAAGAACGGCGGCUGCAACCUGGUCAUGUGCAAGUGCGGGCAGGCGUUCUGCUGGCUGUGCGGCGCGGCGACCGGCACGCAGCACACGUGGCAGAAGAUCGAGGGCCACAGCUGCGGGCGGUGGAAGGACGAGCUGGACCGCAAGAUCGACAACGCGGCGCGCAGCCACAAGCGCUACAUGCACUACUUCGAGCGCUACAAGCUGCACAUGGACAGCUACAGCAAGGAGGGCGUCAAGCGGUCCGACCUGCUGAAGCGCAUCGGCGAGAUGGUGGAGACGGGCAUCGAGGCGCGCGACUACACGUGGCUGGUGCGCGCGCUGGACCAGCUCAAGGUGGCGCGCGGCGUGCUGUCCAACAGCUACGCCUUCGCCUACUUCUUUUUCGGAGGCGAGAUGUACAAGGACGACUUCAGUGACGAGGACAACAAGCGCAACCAGGACCUGUUCGAGGAGCACCAGCAGCGGCUGGAGGGAGAGGUGGAGCGGUUGUCGGGGUUGGUGGAGGAGUGCAGCGAGUCGCUGACCAUCGACUCGGACGCGCGUGUGCGCGUAAUCAAUUCCACGGUGUCCAUUGAGAGCCGCAUCCUCAAGUUCUUCGACAUGAUUGAGGUGGACCUGUACGGCAAGCUGCAGAGCUGCUCCGCGCAGAUCGCCGUAUACCGGCCCAAGCGCAACCUGGUGGCGUGAGUGUCAUCGUCAUCGGCGAUAAGGGCUAGUCAGGGAAGGGGGCAUCAAAGAUUGAAAUUUGGGCAGUGGUAGUAGGAAGCAGGAGGCACUGCAGGUGCAGAGGCAGCAGGAUUGGCGGCGGCGGCGGCAGCAGGAGCAGGCGCAGGAGCUCCAGUUGGAGCUGCUGCACCAGCAGCAGCAACUUGCCCAUUAUGGUGGCAAUGGCGGUGGGCCACGCAGGAGGUUCAGCAAGCACAUGAGUAGGCACACAUGAACUGGGGCGCAUCUGCUUGCACCGGAUUGCAAGCGUACACAGUGGAGACUCUUAGCAGCUGCUGUUGUGCAUGGCACACAGGGCGACCUAAAUGGGUUCAUUUCAGUAGGCGCAAAUGCCGUGCCUACGAGGGCGCAAACGAAUGGAGUUACCUUGCUUGGAGACGGGUAGGCGUGGAAUGCGUUUUGAGGACGGUUUCGGUUUGGACGACGGCACUCCCGUAUUGAUGCCCCACGGCUGACAUGUCACAUGGCGUGGGUGUCGUGCACGCAGCGAGAUUGUCUUUGGCCUGGGUUCCCACAUCAUCUCUUACCACUUUCAGACGGUAUCGUCAGGACGUCAGGUGCGGUGUAAGGGCGGCUGCGGGCUGGCAAUAGCCUGCUCUAGCCGGCGGAGUGUGGUUUCGCAAGUUCAAGGUGGAGCUCCAUGAGGGUACACGGGUCAGCCAAGGGCAACGUCGGGUUGGGUGGGGGCACUGGGGCUUACCCCAACACAGGCUGGCUGGGGGCAGAGGUAGGUGGUGGCCUUGCGUUGUAGCUUGGUAUGGCCUCAGUGCGUCUCAUGUAUGGUAGUCAUGUUGUUAAAGAGGUAUGGUGCAUCGUCGGACUGCUGAUGACAACUUGUAGGCGUGUGUAUAGGUGUGUGUGGCGAAUCUGGGAUGCAGCUGGCGCAGUGGCGCGUAGGGCUCCACGCCAGCCCUCGUCAACCCCGUGCGGCUGUGUUUGCCCAAGCGCACUGGCAACCCUGCCGAACCGGGUUAACCGGUCCGCUUGGCUUUCGAGGACGGAUAUCCCAGAGCGGCGGUGCCGAGCAGAGCGGGGACGGCGGGACGC